CCCGCCCAGGGCUGGAUGAACCAGCUGCACGUCUACGACCCCGAGCUUUUCCACCCCUCGCUCACGCACUCGGUGCUCGCCACGCUGGAUGGGGCCACCCUCAAGCUCUCCUACCCCAAGAGCAACAUCCCGCGCCGAGCCACCUUCGAGGAGGAAAUCCUCGAUGCCACCUUCGUCAGCCACCGCUGCUAUGACCUGACCAACGCCAAGGUCUUCCUCUGCCCCCCCAGCUUGGCCCGAAAGCGGACGUGGAACCAAAAAUACCCCAUCUGCGUCCUCCUCCCCGACCCAGUGGAGGUGGAGUGCAGGAGCGGCGAGGAGCACGACACGGAGCUGCAGAGGGACGAAGGGACAAAGAAGGCGCCAGUGCCGGGGCACGAUGUCCCGGGGGACUGCAGGGAGAGGUGCCUGUACCUUUUUGGGCGGACAGGGAGGGAGAAGGAGGAGUGGUACCAGCACCUCGUGCGAGCCUCCCGUGGGACACCCAGCAGCAGCCGCGGUGAAGCCAGGGCAGGCGUGGGACCGGCUCCGCGGAGCAGCGGCAGCAGCAGCGGAGGGAGCGCCGAGGACAUCCCCUCCGCUGUCCCACCCAAGGACCUGACGGGAAGCGUCCGACAGAAGAUUUUCCUGGAUUACAGCACCUACAUGGCCCGAUUCGUGCCAGUACAGGUGGGGGGCACCCCGGAGCGGAGCCCCUCGCACGGAGCACUGGGCAGCCCCACGCACACAAAGCUCGGCGAGGACACGGCCAGGAGCAGCGAGGGGUGCAUGGCCUGGAUGAACGCGCUGGUGGGGCGCAUCUUCUGGGACUUCCUCCGGGAGCGAUACUGGGCUGAGCAGGUGUCCAGUAAGAUCCAGAAGAAGUUGAGCAAGAUCAAGCUCCCAUAUUUCAUGAAUGAGCUGGCGCUGACGGAGCUGGACAUGGGCACAUCCAUCCCCUCGGUCCUCAGGGCCUCCAACCCCACCGUCAAUGACCGAGGUAAGAGCCCCGCAGAGCGGCAGGGAGCCCAGGGCUGGCCUCACAGCAGCCGUUAUCGAGGUACCAGCAUGGUCCCCGAAGCAGGGAGCCACGUCAGCGGCAACAGCACGAGCCGGAAGAUCCUGCGCUUCGUGGAUAAGAUCGCCAAGUCCAAGUACUUCCAGAAGGCCACUGAAAACGAGUUCAUCAAAAAGAAGAUCGAGGAGGUUUCCAACACGCCGCUGCUGCUGACGGUGGAGGUGCAGGAGCUGGCAGGCACCUUGGCCGUGAACAUCCCCCCACCACCGACGGACCGUGUCUGGUACAGCUUCCGAGUCCCACCGCAGCUGGAGCUGAAGGUGCGCCCAAAGCUGGGCGAGCGGGAGGUGACCUUCCUCCAUGUCACCGAGUGGAUCGAGAAGAAGCUGCAGCACGAAUUUCAGAAAAUUUUGGUGAUGCCAAACAUGGACGAUCUCAUCAUUCCCAUCAUGCGCUCUGGCCUGGAGCCUCAGCCAGCCGCGGGGGCACUGCCCGGGGACCUGCCAGCCAAGGGAGAGAAGCGGCUCUGA